AAGAAGAACAGGAGGCGUAAACUUCCGUGUUUCAAAAACCUUUAUCGCUCGCAACCGUAAGUGAACCGUAACUUGAGGACAAAACAACAGCGGGUUUGCCUCGGGAUGGAAUCAGCCAAAAAACAUGCAGUGCCACACAGUGUGCACACUCCUGGUAAGGAACUGGAGUCCCGACUUCCCCCUAUCAAUGAGCGCUUGGCGUACCUUCGUCCCUCCAGGGAGCUUUUAGAGUUCUACAGGGAUAAGAUUUCCCAGUUUGACGGAGAACACGAUCAGCUGCUGAAAAUGCUAGAGAAGUACAAGAGCACCAUUGAGAACCAGCACAAGUUACAGGGUGAGGUGCGACAGCGUGAAGGAGAGAUUGCAGAGCUGCAGAACGCUUUGAGUGACAUGCAGGUGUACCUUUACCAAGAAAGAGAGCAGUCUUUGCGGCUUCAUGCAGAAAAUGACCGACUGAAGAUCAGAGAGUUGGAGGACAGGAAGAAAAUCCAACACCUCCUUUCAAUGGUGGGUCAUGAUGAUGGCGAGGUCACGUAUUUCUUUCGGGAGCCUCCUCACAAGGUUACGGUCAAGCAGAAGCAGCUUGAGUCAGAAGAGGAGAAUCUUAAUCUCAGGCCAACAAGGUUGAGACCUGUUGUGACCAGUAAAGAGACCAUUAAGAGAGCAAAAGUUGCUGAUCCAGGAGCUGGCGAUGCUUUGGAAAAAUAUAAGAAUGACAACAAUACUUUGAUACUACAGGUGGAGGCCCUGCAGGCUCAGCUGGAGGAACAAACCCGGCUAGCCAAAGAACGGGUCCAGUCACUCCAGGAGGACCGACAGAUUAAAACUGAGGAGGCACGGGCUGAAAGGCAGAGAGAUGAGCAGCGCAUCUCCGCUUUGACUGAAAAGCUCCAGCGAACCCAGAACCUACUUUAUGAAAGCACCAAAGAUUUCUUACAACUCAAAUUUGACACAAGAGCUCAGGAGAAGCGAUGGCUGACGGAGAAGGACUGUCUGCUCGGGGAGCUGGACACGUGUCACGAGCGCCAAAGGAAAGCCGGAUAUGCUGGUGCACAUGGGGGGCGCCCGCAGCAGCCCGGCAGCAGCAGCCACACUCAGGCUGACCUGAGUGGAGCUGCUGCUGCCGCUACCGGGGUUAGCUCGGGUCAAGCUGCUGUCGCAACUGCUGUCAGCCCGAGUCGACCCGCUGCUUCCACUGGGAUCACUUCCACUCGGGUCAGACUGCAGCCUCAGCCAGACUUAAAGCAGAAACAUAAGGAGGACAUCAAGGCAAUGCAUGCGGAUGUAAAGCAAGCCCAACGUAUGGCAGAGAUGUACAGGGAACAGUGCGUUGCUCUGGAAUCAGAACUGGCCCAAGCCAGGGAGGAGGGGGACAUAGGCAGGGAAAUAUUUAAGGAGCGUUCGGAUAAAAUGACGAAGCGUCUCCAGCUGAUGACUCAGCGUUAUGAGGCACUGGAGAGGAGGAGGGCCCUGGAGGUGGAGGGUUUCAAGACGGACCUGAAGCAACUCAGGCAAAAACUGAAAGAUGUAGAGAAACAGCUUCUACAGGUAACCCUUAAUGUUGGGCCUAACCAGGACCUAGCUAUUCUCCAUGAGGUCCGAGAGAGCAAUACCAGGACCAAGAAGGUCCAGAGUGAGCUGAUGGCGUUGAAGGCCAAGAUUUACGGACUGGAAAAUGAACUGAGAUUUUGCUGAGGAAUGGAUGGUUAUUGUCUUAGCUGGUUAUUGUUUGGUUAAAGCUUGGUGAGCUUUACCUCCAAUGAAGUUUACACUGUACUUGUGCUAUUGUCUUUUUAUUAGUACAAUAUGGAAUGGUUUUAUACUAAUAAAUGUAUUUUUUAAGUCAACUGACAUGUAUG